UAGUUUAUUUUACAUAUAGUUAUAUAUGUUUUUGUUUUACAAGACUGUACUUGACUAUUUACUUAAAGUUGAGUUGAGGAAGUUCUUGAUUCCAAUUCAUUCAUUAAGUCACAAAGUGUCUUCGUCAAAACACUGGGGGAGAUAAAGCUCAAUGAAAGCGAGGUCAACACUAAUCGGUGUCCUAGUUUGUGUUGAGAACAAGUCAGCCACGUUGUUCUACGGCUGAUGAGGCGUUAGAAUGUGCGCACCAUCUCUCAGCCAAGCGAAGGAUGGAGACACGGUGGGACUGCAUCGGGCGAUCUCGCGAAUAUGUUAGUGAACAAUACGCGACAGUCUUUCGCGCACUGAUCAACGCCUUCGGAGUUGCCUGCGACUUUAAGAGCUGACUUCUUCUGUUCGGCCGCGACUCCUCCUGAGCAGAGGCGUGCAGCCAGCGCCACCUCGCGUCCGGUCCGCGCACCGCAUCGAGAGAGCUCAGGCGCCAUCAUCCAGCAGCAGCAGCAGCCGCAGCAUCUCUGUGGCGGACACUGCGCGCUCCCAGCACCGCCCAUGACCGAGCUGCUACCCGCCAUCUGAGACCAUCCCGGGACACAACCAUGGCGAAGCGGCGUCAGAACCGAGACAGCUGGGGUUCUUUUGGAGACAAGAACGUGUACGACUGGAGCUCUGAGGAGGAGGAGCCCGACGGCAGAGCCCGGCCCGUGCAGGUCCUGCUGGUCAAGGACGACCACACCUUCCAGCUGGACGAGGCAGCGCUGAGCCGUAUCCUGCUGGCGGAGGAGGUCCGGGACCGAGAGGUGGUGGCCAUCUCCGUGGCCGGGGCCUUCCGCAAGGGCAAGUCCUUCCUGAUGGACUUCAUGCUGCGCUACAUGUACAACCACACCACCGACGACUGGCUGGGAGACUCCGACGAGCCCCUCACGGGUUUCUCGUGGAGGGGGGGCUCCGAGAGAGAGACCACCGGGAUCCAGAUCUGGAGUGAGGUCUUCCUGGUGGACAAGCCGGACGGGAAGAAGGUGGCCGUCUUGCUCAUGGACACUCAGGGGACGUUCGACAGCCAGUCCACGCUGAGAGACUCGGCCACCGUCUUCGCCCUCAGCACCAUGAUCAGCUCCAUGCAGGUCUACAACAUCUCGCAGAACGUUCAGGAGGACGACCUGCAGCACCUGCAGCUCUUCACGGAGUACGGACGGCUGGCCAUGGAGGAGACCUUCCUCAAACCUUUCCAGUCCAUGAUCUUCCUGAUCCGAGACUGGAGUUUUCCGUACGAGUUUCCCUACGGCCAGGAGGGUGGCAUGAAGUUCCUGGAGAAGAGACUGAAGAUCUCCGAGAACCAGCACGAGGAGCUGCAGAACGUGCGCAAGCACAUCCACUCCUGCUUCACCAACAUCUCCUGCUUCCUCAUGCCUCACCCAGGACUCAAGGUGGCCACCAACCCCCACUUUGACGGCAGGAUAAAAGAGAUCGACGGCGAGUUCAUCAGCAACCUGAAGCUGCUGGUGCCGUGGUUGCUGAGUCCCCGCAACAUCGACGUGAAGGAGAUCAACGGCAGCCGGAUCACCUGUCGGGGCCUGCUGGAGUACUUCAAGGCCUACAUCAAGAUCUAUCAGGGGGAGGAGCUCCCGCACCCCAAGUCCAUGCUUCAGGCCACGGCGGAGGCCAACAAUCUGGCCGCGGUGGCUGCUGCCAAGGACAUGUACAACAAGAAAAUGGAGGAGGUGUGCGGAGGCGAUCGGCCCUUCCUGGCGCCCACCGAGCUUCAGGCCCGACACGGCGUGAUCAUGGAGGAGUCUCUGCAGGUCUUCCGCGGCGUGAAGAAGAUGGGCGGCGAGGAGUUCAGCCGCCGCUACCUGCUGCAGCUGGAGGCGGAAAUCGAGGAGGUGUUCGUCCAGUACAUCAAGCACAACGACUCCAAGAACAUUUUCCACGCCGCGCGGACGCCAGCCACGCUCUUCGUGGUCAUCUUCGUCAUGUACGUGGCGGCGGGCAUCACGGGCUUCGUGGGCGUGGACGUCAUCGCCAGCUUGUGCAACAUGGUCCUGGGCCUGGCUCUGAUCACGCUCUGCACCUGGGCCUACAUCCGUUACUCAGGGGAGUACAGAGAACUGGGCGCCGUCAUCGACCAGGUGGCCGGCGCGCUGUGGGAUCAGGGAAGCACCAACGAGGCCAUCCACAGGCUGUACAGCGUGGCAGCCAACCACAGACACCUGUACCAGCAGGCCUUCCCCGGGGGGGCGCCGGCCGAGGAGGCCGCCGGCCACAGCGGCAAGAAGAAGAACUGAGUGGACCUGAGGCGCCUGGGCUCCUGAGGGGUGGGGGAGAGGGGACUCGCCCAGAUGCCAUGACCUUUCACCUCCUGUCCGUGUUUCUCCCCUGUUGCUUUGAAGCCAAACAUUUCCCAUUGUGACUCCUUUCUUCCCGGCUCUUCCGUGGUCGUCAGCAUGGUCCUCGCUGUCCUGUAGCUCAGCUGGUUGUGACGCGUGGUGUUGUGCCAUAACUUGUACAGGCGUUUCCCGUGAGCAGGCAGCGGCGCCGCUUCAGCCCAGGGCCGAGUCCUGCUGGCCUGAGCUGUGAAACAGGCCUCACCUGUCGGCGCCGUCAGCAGCUCUGGAGCGGCCCGGCUCCCUGUCCUGCGUGUCCUGAGGUCUGACCUCCAGGGUUGAGGGCUCCAAGCCUCUGCCGCGCUCCAGUCUUCCACUCAGACGAGGCCCUCUCGCUCCCUCUCGUCUCCAGGAGCUCUGCUGAACAGAAGGUCUGAGUGUCACGGCCACUCCACCUGGGACCAAAUUACAACGAGACCCGAGGUUCUGCUGAAACCUGUUUUCGUCCCUCUGCGUCUUCACGAGGGGAACAGUUGGUGAUGAAUAAAGAGAUGAAACGUUUGGCUCCUCAACUCUGGUGUUCUCCUGGAGACGAGGCUCAUCGGAGUCUCACGGCGCCAGGACGCUGCGUCGUCGCGGCGAGGCCUGGCUCCGCCUCCUCCUGCGAGACGCUAAUGAGAGGGCGAGCGCGGUUCUUCACUGCAGACUUUAUUGUCUCGUACUCGUGACUCUCAACAGCAGAUAUGUACAACACCAAGCUUCUUGCCAGAGCCGCGGUCCUGAAGGUCGCGCUUGCGACCUUGGAAAGGUCACAGCGACGGAGCCUGGUGGAGAGCAGAGGACGACCGUUCGGGACUCGCAUCGCAGCGUCAGUCCUUAAAAACACUUCCAGAAAGAAACAAACAGGAAAUGAAUUGCACGUUUGGCAAAGUGUUGAAAAAAGGUUCCAGUAGCUUAUUAAUGUUAAAAACAUGACCCUGGCGUGAGGCCAGGAGGCAAGAGAAGAUGCGUCCUCCAAAGCACCUUUAAAUAAAGACACGUUUCUUAUAAACACAUAAA